AUUAUUGACGCAGGCUAUAGCGUCAUCAUGGUAGAGGCUGGUGCAAAAGAGUCAGAUCCUCCAGGUUCACACCUCAAAAAUGCCUUUCGGUACCAGAGAGAUAUUAAUUCAUUCACUAGUAUUAUCAAGGGUCAUCUGCAAACACUUUCAAUCCCCACCAAUGUUAAUAUUUACCCCGACACAAUCGAUCAAACAGCUGAGCUCCAAAAUGGAACGAUGCAUAUGAAUCAAAAUCCAGAGCAGGAAAUAAAAAAAAAUCUUUCCGCAGCAGCAGCCACUUAUUGUGUCGGUGGCAUGGGCACCCACUGGACUUGCUCAGUCCCGAGACUCCGCGGCAAGGAACGGUUUUCUCAUCUCAUUCCAGAUAAAGAAAUGGAUCAAUUAUAUGAAGAAGCCGAGAAAUUUGUACACCAGACGCCCGACCCUUAUAAUGGUACUAUGCUUCAAUCAACUGUGCAGGAAGCACUCAUAGAACAUUACAAGUUAAGUUCUCUCCCAGCUGAUCCUAAGGCAUUGCCUCUUGCCGUCCGGUACGAAGAGCCAUAUAAUUUUUGGACCGGGCCAUAUGAUAUACUUCUUGAAAAAAAUUACAAUAAUAAAGACCUAUUCAAACUGAUGGACCAACACCUUGCAACACUACUUCACCCAAGUGAUGACAAUUCAGCUAUCAUUGAUGGGCUUUUAGUUAAAGAUCUCCAUUAUAAAAAACAGUUUAUUAACAUAAAGGCCAAAAUUUACAUUAUUUGUGGUGGAGCAGUGCUGACCCCACAACUACUUUACAAUUCGAUGCAUCGUCAGCAGGAAACAUGGGAUAUCGAAAUGCCUGCAUUAGGAAAGUAUCUCUGCGAACAGACUCUUGCCUUUUGCCAGAUUGCGUUAAAAAAAAAUAUCGUGGAUAAAAU